CCGCGGCUGCUGCUGAUUCAUUGGCUGUGCCGGCGCUGGGCUCUGCUCGGCGGGGCGGGGCGGGGCGGUGCCCGGCCAGGUGGCGUGUGGCUCUCUGCCGUGGAUGGCUUUACCCAUUCUCAGCCUUGCCCUCCUCCUUUCCCAGGGGAGCCUGGUGCUUUCUUCCACCAUCCCGCAGUAGCCCCUCUGGUGAGCAGCGGCUGUUGGCGGUGGCAGGACCAGGUCCCUGUCCUCAGCUGCCUGCCCUUCCCUUUGCUGGAGCUGAUCCCCUCUGAGACCAGCUGGCAGAGCUUCCCUCCGUUCCCCCAUGGUUGCCUUGCUCGUCCUGAUGUGUCUGUAUCGGUGAGAAGAUUGGGUAUACCUUGUACAAGACCUCAAGCUGGAUCUCAAACCGUGUACAUCUAGGAUCUUGAGAACUGGAAAGAAGCACGGACCAUUUGGCUAAGUAUCUGCUGCAGACUCCUUUCUCAGAAGUGGCACAGCUUGUUUGAAGCAAUAGCUGUGUGGUACGGUUGUAGAAAGAUGAGAUCUCUAUUACGUUUUAGCUCCUGCAGUGCAGAGUAAACAGAUUUGUGCUUGCUUUCCUCAUUCACUUCUUUCUCUGUGACUUUGCCUCGGGAUGGAGUAAAAAGCAAUGCAGUCGUGUGAUGGCUGCUUCCCUUGCCCCCAGCAAGCAGAAUAUUGUUGGUAGUAUGGGGACUGAGGGGGCACAGGAACAGCCUGAGUUUGUUACUUUCUUGUAGCCAGCACUUCUGGUUUAAUUGUACUGCCUAGCCGAUGGAGCUGAUGCAUCAGGAUGCAGUGCUAAGCUUUCUCAGACUUAUCACAGUUUGAAAUGCUGCUGAUCUCUGUUCCUGCCCGGCUUUUGGGAUCUUCACCAUUUGCAAGGGACCAACAAUUUGUUUAGUCUAUGAAGUCUGUAAAGUGUUCGAUCUCUACAGAAGUAAGCAGAAUGGAAAAGUGGAAAAUUAAUGAAGUUUUUGAUUGAAAACUUACCUCCUUGCUUGUGUCUACCAUAUUGGUAGUUUAUCUUGCUCCAGAAAUGAACACUACUUAGACCAGUCCACAUGCAUUUACUCUUGUGCGUGCAGGUCAGAGUUGGAGGUGGCUCCUGCUGGUGACAUCCAAGACCAGUUCCAGAUGCACACAAAAACGGAUUUGCCUUUGUGGCCCCAGUGGCAGUGUGAACCACAAAGCUGUGCUUCAGAUAUGGCGUGUGCCUAGCUUUGCCCUUAGAGCGACUGGGUGUCAGUUUGAAAGUGGCAUAUUGAAACUCUUAGCACAGAAAAAUCUAGGUUGGAAGGGACCUCUGGUGGUCAUCUGGUCUAACCUCUUGCUCAAAACAUGUUCAGCUAGAUCAGGGACAUAUUUAUUGUAGUGCGAGAUGUCUGCCCUGAGGUUGAUUUCUAACAGAACCUCCCAGCAGGCCUUGUCUAACUCUGAUUACACCUGGGAGUACGAGUACUAUGAGUACGGACCGGUGUCAUUUGAAGGCCUGAAGGCUCAUAAAUACUCCAUUGUGAUUGGAUUUUGGGUUGGUCUUGCAGUCUUUGUCAUCUUCAUGUUCUUUGUCCUGACUCUGCUGACGAAGACUGGAGCGCCACAUCAAGACAAUGCAGAACCUUCUGAAAAAAGAUUCCGGAUGAAUAGCUUUGUGGCAGAUUUUGGAAGACCGUUAGAGUCUGAGAGAGUCUUUUCUCGUCAAAUAGCUGAAGAAUCCCGAUCACUUUUCCAUUUCUGCAUUAAUGAAGUGGAACACUUAGACAAAGCAAAACCAAGUCAGAAAGGUCCAGGUCUGGAAAGUAAUAUCCGCUUCCAGGAAGUUCCCAGGAGCAGUGGAACAUUUGAGGAGGACCUGAGUUGUCUUACAAAAUUUAAUAUUCCGAACUUCGUGAACAGUGAGCAGAACUCUUCACUAGGUGAGGAUGAUCUCCUUAUCUCAGAGCCACCUAUCAUUUUAGAAAGCAAAUCAGUCGUGCAAUCUUCUCAUCGGAUCCUUGACUGAAAAUUUUUACUUUAAGGUAAAAAAAAAUAAAAUCCUGGUGUUGUCCAGUUGGAAGCCUUCUGGUUGUUUUGGAAGAAGGUAUUUCAGAGCCCUGCUUUUUUUUUUCUUUUUUAAGUUGUAUGUAAGAAUGGCUGUGCUGACAGAACAGUUUAGAUGAGAAGUAAAACACUGAAUGCCUUA